AUGGAUCAUAGGAAAGAAGAUGGUCAAGGCCAGCCUAAUGCAUCUCCCUCCGGGGGAGGCAUAUCGGACUCAAUCCAUCCCAGUCGCUCCGAAGAUAUGACUGAUGCCAUACCUGGGACAGGAUCGAGUUCCGUAGACACUGUAGAGGCCCAUAAGCCUACUACAGUCACCAUUCCGUGUCACCAUAUCCGCAUAGGUGACUUCCUAAUACUUCAAGGCCAUCCCUGUCAAGUCAUCCGUAUCUCGACGAGCGCUUCCACAGGCCAAUACCGUUACCUUGGUGUUGACAUCUUCACUAAAACGCUUCACGAGGAAUCCUCUUUCGUCACCAACCUUGCUCCUGGUGUCAUCACCCAGAAUAUGCUCGGUCCUAUCUUCAAACAGUACCGAGUUCUUGAUAUAGAAGAUGGCCGAAUGGUCGCUAUGACGGAGACUGGCGAUGUCAAGCAGGGGCUCCCCAUCCUUGACCAAUCUCAACUCCAUGACCGAAUCAUUCAAGCCUUCGAGGGCGGUCGCGGAUCCAUUCGCGUUCUUGUUCUCGCUGAUGGCGACCGCGAGCUAGUUGUCGACAUGAAAGUCAUCCAUAGACCAAACCUGUCAAGUGGUCAAAGGGAGCAGGCAUUUCGAGCAGCUGUCCGCGCGAAUGACAUUUUAAAGGUUGAGGAGGCCUUAGCAGAGAAGCCAAAGGUCGAUAUCGAUAGUCCAGACGAGAACGGAAGGACGGUCCUGUUUGGUGCUGUUGAGCAACGCUUUGAGAGCAUGGUUGAUCUCCUCCUAAAGCAUGAAAUUGACCUUGGGGUGAAGGACAAGAAAGGGCAAACCGCUCUGGAUGUUUCCGUCUCCGACCCAGAGCAAUACCACAUAACUCUCAAACUUUUGGAAAAGGGUGCACAACCUAUGGAUAUUGUCGAUAACGACAUCACAAAACUCUUCUCGGCUGCAGCAGAAGGUAAAACUGAAGUGAUGAACCAGUUGCUGGAUAGAAACGUGCCGCAUAUAACUCGUGAUCGGCUCGGAUAUACUGCUUUGCAUGAGGCUGCUUCUUUUGGCCGUUAUGAGGUAGCGAGGACACUCAUCGAAAAAGGGGCCGACAUCAACGCAAAAAUCACACAUGGGGGUGCAACAGUGCUACAUGCAGCUAUUCAGAGAGGCCGGGAGCAUCGCCGGUUUUUUGCGGGAGCUCGAAGAAAUUAUCCGACUCUAACUGAGAACCAUGUCAAAAUUGUGGCAUUGCUGUUGCGGAAAGAAGCCUUUACCGAGCACAGAAGGUCAUAUGACAACUUGACGGCGCGAGAGCUUGUGUCCGAGGAGCUUAGAUUGGCUGGCAACUUUGAGCGGAGUUGUUUACAGAAGAUAUUGAUCCUUUUGAACAGACCGAUUCCACACGAAGGACCGAAUAGAGCAUUGACUUGGCCGCCAGUGUCGGAUGACCUCAACGGGCGGAGUGAUCAGUUGAAAGCGUCUCCGUUGCGGGUUCAAUAUUUCACCUCCAGUCGCGAAAUUCACACACUUCCGGUGUCCGUUUGGGACUUCAUAUAUGAUUCAUCUGUUUCUCAAAUUCAAAGAGAGCAAAUCAAGCAACGUGAAAAAUGGGCGAGGGGUGACGGUAAUGGCUCCCAGCCAAGAGAAUACUGGAGAUGGGUACAUCUUCCAGCAAAUAACAAAACUUGGGCUGAGGACGUAAUCCGCCCAUUGAGUGUCAUGGACGAUGAAACAUUUGAGAUAUAUUGGAAAGGAAUUAGAUCGUUCACCACAGAAUCUUAUCAUCAGAUCAGGGGCCAGGCGCCACAUACUGGCUUUAGAAAGCCUUCCUUUACAUCUUUGCCUGGAUCACACGGGUCGAUUUUUUCCCUAGUUAUCCCAUAUUUUGAUGCAGAGAACCUCGAAUGCUUUCUUCAAAAACAAGGAUGCUCUUCCAUUAAUUGCAGGAAGAGCUUCGCAAAUGAGGAAAUCUCAACGAAACUAUAUAAUGAAUCUAACAACAGUCUAUCCAGCUUUCAUGCGCCAUGCACGUUAGACCAGUCCUAUUACUUGUCCCUCGACAGUUCUAGUGAGCGUGAUAAGGAUCAGGUGGUGAUCAAACACGUUGAACGUCAAUUAGAACUAGAGCGGGCAAGAGGACGAGAGCGUCGAUCAGGAGUGGAGCGCCCGACGACCACCACUGGAAGCCUCAAGAGGCUUCUCAUGGUCAAACAGAUGUGGAUUUGGAAAAUCGACGCUAUGACCCUCAUUACUGCAUUUCCUGACCGUCGACACGAUAUCCAACAACCUAAUCUCUCGGUUCAAAUUUCCAAAGGUCUCGAUACCCACCCACCCCUAAACAUGGGUUUGAUGAUAUCUCGUCUCCUGAAAUAUACUACCGAGUUUGUGGACGCACCGACCAACGCCGGGCUGAACGAAAAUUUAUUUCACAUCUUUGAGCAGAGCAUUGCUUAUCGGGCCCAAGCAGAUGCAAACUGCUAUGCCAACUUCUACAAAUUGCAAAACGAGUUGAUCAAGUUGAGUAGAGAGGUUGUACCACAGAACCGCAUAAAAUCGCAUCACCAGAAGAUGUUAGAAACUGAAAAUAAAAUAUGCGAUAUCACAAGCGAGAUGCAGCAUCUUUGCGAAAUCAAAGACGUCAAGGAUGAGUUGAGAAUGAUCCAGAGGGUUUUGGAUGACCAGUGGGAUGUUAUUGACCAAUACCACGGGGGCCAUGAAGAGUUGAAAUUUGACGUCAAACAAAAAAGGUCUAACAGCGCAGAAGCGCGGCUCCCAGCAGAUGAAGAAGUUGAACUGGAAAACACGAAAAAAUCUAUUGGAAUUCGCAUCUCCAAAGUUAAGUCCCUUGUCGCAGAGGCAACUACAGUAGAAAAUUCGCUCAAUCAUCUAUUGGACCUCAAACAAAAGCAAGGAAACUUGGUUAUUGUGAGAGAUACGCGCAGUCUUGCAAGCGAAGCGGAGCAGAGAGCCAAGGAUAGCGCUUGGCAGAGCAAGCUGCUGUUCAUCUUUACUAUUAUUACAGUCAUUUUUACGCCUAUAUCGUUUACAUCCACGUUUCUGGCAGUCCCGACUCUGGAGUUUCCUCGUGCAAAUGGGGAGGACGUGGCUUGGAGAUGGUGGCAAGUCUUUGUCGCAAGUGUUGUCGUAGAGGUCCUCACGUUUCUUGUUAUUGCACCUUGGAUUGAUUGGAAUCGCUUUGACUAUCCUUGGAAGAGACGCGGUAGUCAAAGGGAACAACCUGCAGUAGAACGGAUGGAGGUAUGA